ACGUAUGAAUCACCCUUCCCAAGAUGGCGAUGCACCUGUUUUAUUAGCGAUGAUCCCUGUUAUCUGCGUAGCAUUAGAGAUUAACCGUUUGAAACGCAGUGUUACUAAUCCGGAGGUGCUAAACAAAGAGCUGGAGUGAACCUUGUCAUCCAAAAUGUCCACCGAGGAGCUGUCAGCUUCGGACAGCGAGGCUGUGCUCGCCGGCGCAGGGGAGCGAUGGACACCGGUGGGCGCUGUGGCCAGUCCCGAGAAUGAGAACAUGACCGGUGGUCAUGCGAGCCAAAGGAGCUUGUCGUCGGCCGGCGACAAGGAAAUGACCACCAGACUGAAGAAGCUUGAAGAAGAACAGGACUUGCUGAACUCCUCUCUCCUCGCCCUCACUUCACAUUUUGCUCAAGUUCAGUUCCGACUGAAGCAGAUCGUUCACGCGCAGAGCGAGGAGAAGGAGAGGAUGCUGGCCGAGCUGGAGGAGUUCGCCUUCAGGGGCUGUCCACACGUCGUGGGCUGCAGAGCUCAAGAUACCAAACAGCUGGAGAACUCGGGUGAUUUGAGUGAAAGGGAGAAGAGGGAGCGUCUGGCGGCUCAGAGGGAAAAACAAAAGGAUCUCAUUUUCCAGCUGAAAACGCAGCUGGAUGAUCUUGAGCGCUUCGCCUAUCAGGAGGGCAGCUACGACUCGCUGCCACAGUCUGUCGUCAUGGAGAGACAGAAGGUCAUCAUUGACGAGUUGAUCAAAAAGUUGGAUGUGAAUCUGAACGAGGACAUCGGGAACUUAUCGCCCGAGGAGCUGAGGCAGAGAGUGGAUGGUGCCAUCGCUCAGAUAGUGAACCCAGCCAGAGUCAAAGAGCAGCUGGUGGAGCAGCUCAAAACCCAGAUCAGGGACCUGGAGAUGUUCAUCAACUUUAUUCAGGAUGAGGUAGGAAACCCACUCUUGUCAGAUGGUGGACACAGUCAUCCGCCGCAAGCUGCAGGGACCAAUGCCAGAACUCCAGGUGUGAAAAAGAAAGUGGACCCGGAGCAGGCCCAGAGGAUGCGGGAGACCGGUCUUCAGCUGAUCCAGAAGGCCCUCGCUGUGCUGCAGAUAUUUGCUGCGAGCCAGUUUGGCUGCGCAACUGGCCACGUCCCCCAGAGCAUGUGGCCUCAGGAGUCCACCAUGCAGGACUACGGACCCCUGCUGCAGCGUCUGGAGGCAGCAGUAGAGAAGGUGAGAGUUUUGGGCUCAUGCAGACAGCCCUCUGUGGACCAUGUGGUCAGCUACACCAGCACCUCCACACUUGGGGCCCGAGAUGAGCUGACAACAGCUGUAAGGAAGGAGCUAGCGAUCGCUUUGAAGGAACUGUUGGCCCAUGGCCUCUUUUCCCCCUCACAGACCAUGAGCCUGGUGCUGGCUCCCAUCUCCUGCCUUCUGCCUUACAGACCAGCCCCACAAACAAUGCACCCAUGGGAACUCUUUGUCAAGUACUACAAUUCUAAAAAUGGGAAAGCCUUUGUGGAGUCACCAGCACGCCAGCUUUCACAGUCCUUCAGCCUGCACGUAGGCAGCGGCCCGGUGACCGUCACCCCGAAGCAGUCACUACUGUGGGCCAUUCACAGCGUGCUAAAGGAGCACGGACGCUACAAACGAGGACCGGACACAGAGUUCAAAGCUCUGGUGUGUAUGGCUCUGAAUGAGCAGCGGCUGGUGUCAUGGCUCAACCUGCUGUGCAAGUCCGGGACUCUCAUACACCCACACUACCAGGCCUGGAGCUACAUGGCUCAGACCGGCUUCGAAGGAGCCCUGCGCAUCCUGGGUCGCAUCAGCCACCUCAGAUUCAACCUCCCAGUGGACCUGGCUGUUCGGCAGCUCAAAAACAUCAAGGAUGCUUUCUGAGGACAAAAUACUAAAAUCCACCAGUGUGAAGCAUUUUAUCAGCUAAACCAUCUGCUCUUACUAAGCAUUCGGGACCAAUAAAAGCAUGACUUUCUAUAAAGUAUGUAGCCUUUUAAAGGUUAUUCAAGCGUCAACCUAUUUAAAGUGCAAGUAUGUGUUAACAGUACAUGCAUGGAUAUUGUGUCAAUCUGCAUAUCCCACUGUGUUUAAGAUGCCAAAAUGUAAAGAAAACAGCGCUACUUGUACUGUAUAUAUGCCUUAGAGUGGAGACUGAGAUUACCUCACCUUUAGUGAAGCCUUCCUGAUCUUUGUAACCUGUGCUCAGCCUACACUACCAUCCGCUCUUGUACCUGACAGUGCUCUGGCCUAUGCAGCAGAUGUAUUGUGUACUUUACUGUCAUGUGUUUCCUUUCCAGGAAGAAAGUAAAUGAAUGGGAACUUUGCGACUACUGUGGCUUCUGCACAGUGACCAGGAGCUUAGUUGUUAUAGAAUUAUAUAUUUAGCAGGUAAAUCAUGUAGCAGAUUGGUUGAUGGCAACGUUAAAAAUAAGCACUCAGGUCAAGUUGUUGAUAUCUUACAGUUUCCAUCAGAAAGCACUGAGGGAAAAUGAAAAUUUAAAGUGCUGCGUUAUGUUUCCCAUAAAUAUGCAGCUUUCAGCUUCUUUCUCAGCUCAGUUUUAAACUGAAGCUGUUGUCGUGUUUCAGGUGUAUGAGCAUUUUGACCCUGUAAGAUCUGCUGCUUUUCUCCUCUUCAUGGAGGAAUCCAAUGUGAUAUGAAUUUAUCUCAUAUAUUUAGCACGAUUGUAGGAUGUAAAAGUUUUAUUCCAGAUUUCCUUUUUAUCUUCCAGAAACGGCAUCAAAACAUAACUGAAUGUAUAAACCGUAGAUGCUGUUAAACUGGGGUUAGUUUAUAUCCGCUGUAUGUUUUGUUACUGUUUAUGAUGUUGAGCUCAGUGUUCCCGUGACCACGUGUAUGUGUCAAACCUUCAUUUGUAUUUCUUGAUUAUAACAGCCUUGUUUUCUUUGUAAUGCACUUUGUCAAAUUUCUCUUUUGUUUGAGCUAAAUUUAGUAAACCCUGUGCUAUAUUUUACUAAAUCUUUUUCCCUUUUUUGUUGUCUUUUGUUCAGGUCUUUAUUUAUUAAUAAAGUUAGUAGAAGACAUCAGAACAUUUGAAGUAGCUGCUGUACUGUAGCUGUCGUAGUUUAUUUUGGAAACAAGACAUGCUGCACAAUUUAAACUGCUAUUUCUGUUACUUUUAUUUAAUCACUAAUCACAGAUUAUAUAGUGGGGGACAUGAGUCGUGUGUGUUUUGGUUUUUAUUACAUUUAAUGUGUACCAGCAGGUGUAAACAAAUUAAACAUACCAAAUGAGCUCCUGUGUUGCCUGUUA